AAUGAAAGAGUUCAAAAUAACCAAAAAUUUUAUUUUUUUUAGCUAAUUCUUCUUAAUAAUGUUCAGCAGCCCACUUGAUAGUUUUCUUUCAGUUGGAACCAAUCUGCUUUGGGAGACCAGGGCCUGUGGUCCCAGACAGCUCAGCUCCUAGAAUCCUUUAGAUACACUAACUCCUCCACCAAGGUGGUGAUUCGCAGAUUUAAACACUUUAAAUUUUAAAAUUAGAAUCUACAUUUACUGUAAUUAGUUUUACUAAUGUUCCGAAAGUCAGCAGUCAAGUUAGUGAAAGAAAAACAAAUUACUGUUGGGCUGCAGAAAUCCCUGGUGAAAAAAUACGUCAAACCAAAGACUUCUAAACUCCUGACACCGCUAGAGAAAAGGACAGAACAAGGUGCUCCUGGUUCCACUCAGGCUGUGCACAUGUAGCCUCACAUCUCUGUGAAGGAAAAUGGUAAACUAACAUUUGAUGAUGGAUAAUAUGUCAGUAGUCACCAUGUUUACUUUGUCAGGGUUAAGUGGGGCAGCAAACUACAGGGGUACUCUUUUUGUUCUAACUUUUCUGUGUUACUGUGUGAUUUGUUUGAUAAAUGGGACCAUUAUUGUGGCCAUUAUCGUGGAUAAAAACCUCCAUGAACCCAUGUACAUUUUCCUUUGUAAUCUAUGCAUUAACGGGCUCUACGGGACAGCUGGAUUUUAUCCUAAAUUCCUCCACGACCUCCAUUCAAAGACUCACAUCAUCUCUGUUCCUGGAUGUCUUAUGCAGGGUUUUGUGUUGCUCUCUUCAGUUAGUGCUGAAUUUUCCUUUCUUGCUUUAAUGGCUUAUGAUAGAUACAUGGCUAUAUGUCGACCUCUGGUGUACCACUCUGUGAUGACUAAACAGCGGGUGUGCAUUUAUGUGGUUAUUGCCUGGCUUAUUCCUUUUUACCUGAUGUUUCUUAGCUCAAUAACAACAGCAACACCAAGGUUAUGUGGGUCACACAUACCCAGGAUCUUUUGUGUCAACGUUUUGAUUUCUAAUCUUGCCUGCUCUGCCUCUGUAGCAC